UUGAUCAACUUUUAGAUCAUUUUAACCUAUAAACAAAUUGUAGUCUGCUGCACACACAAGUAGUUUCCUAACUCAGAUUUACGAUGGGAAUCCACAACCAGACAGCUGAGGAAGAAUAUGGCGUUACCACUGGUACAUGUUAACCAAAAGCAACACACACUCAGACACACACAUGCUCACGGUGAGCAGGCACAUGUACCAUGCUACUGAUAACUGUCCUACAUUACUGUGUAAGUCAGAGAAGAAAAUUAAUCCUUGAAAAAGAGCUGAAACUUUUCAGCUUGAUGAGAAUAAUUUACAUUUUUUCAUGGAUUAAACUUUGAUUAUUUCUCCAUUACAGGAUUUUCAGCCUGUGCUGCAGCUGAAGCUGUAACAGUAAGAGAUUAAUGUAGUUUAACUUUAGAUGACACAAAUCCAAAUUCUAUAGAUUUUAUGGCCUAACAAUCAACUUUUCUGUCUGGUUAACAAACUGUGACUACAGCUGAAAGCUUAAUGAACCCAGCUGGACUUCUGUGCUGUAUCUGAUGACUCAUUCCAGAUAAUUCCCUGUAACAUGUUUAGGUUUAAGUCUUUAUGUUCUCAGAGUCAGUGAGGUGAAGUUGGUGAAGUUCUUUGAUGUGAAACAAACAGGAUGAUGAACAGGAUCAGAUGCUGGAAUGACUGAAUGAAGUCAGACUGGAGAUUUUCCUUCUUCUACCUGGAAUGACUGAACUUUGACCUCAUGUGUUCAUGACUCUUCACCUCUGUCUCCUCUCACAGGGAGAAGAUGAUCUGCAGGAUGCUGCUGCUCCUCAUCCUCAUCUCAUCUGUCUGUGCAACAUUUGUAGUGAAUGUGACACAGAGCUCCUAUCAGGCAGAGGAGAACCACAACAUCACUCUGGAGUGGACCUUCACCACCAAACCUGACGUCUCCUGGAGGUUCCUGUUUAUCACCUGUAACCUGAUAACUGAUCCCAGAGUCCCAGUCCUGUAUCAUGUCCAUGAAGGAGUUGAGGUACCAGAGUCUCAGGAUGGACAGUUUGCAGGACGAGUCCAGAGUGACAAAGACGUCCUCAGAGAAGGACGAAUCACACUUCAUGUGUCCAGACUCAGAACUAAUGAUUCUGGUCUGUAUGUGUGUGAUGUGAAGACAGAUUACGGCUUCAGCUCUGGAAGAUGUGACCUCAGUGUUACCGCACCGAUGGAUCAUCCUGAACCCGAGAGAAACCCUGAAACACCAGAUGUGGUCAAAGAAAACCAAGGACACACGAGCAUCUACUGUGGACUGAUACUCACAACAGCUAUAUUAGUGUUUGGUGCUUUUUACUUCCUCACAUUCAGUCUAGAAAAGAAAAUUUUUCCUCCAUUGGAAGAUUUUAGGUCUCGAUCCAGCAGAUCCUCGUUUCCAAACAACUCAUUUGUUUGACUGAAAUGAGGCAGAAAGAUCAGACUUCGUGGAAAAAAUGAUUUUCUUCUUGAUGUAGCAGGGAAAUACAUUUCACACCAUUUUGGAUUGUUUACCCACAGACAGCUUUACUUCUUUCAGUAACAGGUAAUCUAACUAAUUAUUGUUUACAUGUUUAAAAUACUGUUACAGAAAACACAAGCUUUUGCGUUACCGUAAUAAAGCUCAGUGAUGCUUAUCGGCCAGAGACCGACCUGGACAAGCACACACACAAAUAACUAACAGACACACACAUGGUGAGUCUCAGGGAAUAUGAAGGUUUUUAAACUGGAAGCUCAGACGUCACUUUUCUUUCUGAGAUAAAAGGUCAGAACGUUAAGACACAUCGGCUAUAAACACACGGUCCAUAUAUUAAUGUCAAUGUUUUCAUGAAUUUCACUAGUUUGUCAUAAGUUUAGUUCAAUAAUCAUUUCUAAUAUAAUGUUUUAGUUCAGUUAAAGAAGUAACAGAGUAAUUACUUUCCAAAGUAACUGGUUUCUUUUAUAAAACAGACACUCUGUUACUAACUGGAAACCUGCAGUAUUUACUUCACUGCUGAAGCUUUAACUUUUGCACUAUGAACUUUAUCUUGUUUUUGCUUGUUUAACAACAAUCAUGUAAAUAAAGAUAAUGUACAGUUUGAAUGUUUUGGUUUGUAGCACUGAACCGUUCUUGCUAAGCUCCCUGACUCAAUGUGCAGCAUUUCUGUAGCAAAGUUUCAUUUUGCACAAUAAAGACGUUACUGUCCUACAAACAUGGUCAAGAUUGUAUUGAAAUGAAUUGUUUUUAAGUUUGAAGUUUGUUCCUUUAUUAUUGCUGGAAAAAAAUAAGUUUAAUAAAUCACUUUUCU